GUUGUCGAAGGUUAUCAGUUUGUGAACAAGGAAGGCGCUUCAAGUAGGGCACAGCCAGCUGUCUAGAAAUUUGUACACGCAAGAAACAACAAUAAAAACCUCCACGGAAGUUAAAGUCCGUCUGGCCGUGGUGGUGACUACAUCCAGUCACUAGUUGCUCUCCGCAUGGGAAGGUUGCCAGGCUCCUACACUCUGACCUCCGUGCAGUUACGAGACAAAUGUUGAUCACAUGGCUUACUUUGGCUACCGUUGGGCUGCAUGGUGUGGUGGUAGGAGGCAGUGCUGUCCCUAGCUACACGUGGGAUGUUAUGGUGUUCGUGCAGGGCUGGCCUCCGUCACAGUGUGUUUUCCUGGAAGAUGAGAAAAUUAAAUGUGCAAUUCCUGAUAAGGUUUCAUCGUGGGUUGCGCAUGGUCUGUGGCCCACACAAAAAGGAUCACAGGAACCUAUAAAAUGCAAUAAAACAUGGAAGUUGGAUGUAAACGAGCUGAAGACGCUGAGACCCAAACUGGACUACAGGUGGGCCAGCUUGCGGGUGGACUUUGGUGUGGAGAGGGAGAAUGAGAACCUGUGGAGACACGAAUGGAUGAAGCACGGCACGUGCGCUACCACCCUGAGUGCUCUCAAGAAUCCCUUCCACUACUUCAACGCCACCCUGAGCCUCAUGGACAGCUUCAACUUGCUUGAAAUGUUGACGGAGGAAGGGAUAAAACCUGAUCAGAAGAAAACCUAUGAUUACGAAGACAUUCGAGCAGCAGUGCAGAAACACACAGGCGUCACACCUUGCCUUGUGUGCAUCAAAGACAAAGAGGUGGAGAAGACAUACUUGCGGGAAGUGGAGAUCUGGUUAGACAAAGACUUUCAGCCUGUCAACUGCUUGGACAACGACCUGCCUGCCCCCGGGACACAUGCCCCGCACCCUCUGAUUUUUCACUCUGAGCUGCACGUGACUUACGGGGCUCUGCAGGCUCUCCACAAGAGUGCAUACAACACAUCGCACUGUCCCUCCACUGGCAUCUUCUACACCCCUGUCCACAGCAAACCUGCCUCCUGACCGACCGACCUUAACAACAGGUAUCACGGUCAGCACAACUCUUCUGUCGAGAAUUGUUUAUGAUGCUUAUCGAAACCAAAAAAAAAAAAAAAAAUCUUAUCAGUUUAAGUAUGAUUAGUGUUAACGAGAUUGCAGCAUACUACAUGAACUUUGAUAUGUUGCUAAGGUGAUCUUGCACAUUCUUUGUUUUAUUUCGCGAAAAUGGCAUGAAAACUUGUCAGACGCUGUCACCUGUAUUCACAUUCUCUUUUAUUGCACUUGAAUAUAAAGCAAAAACUGU